UCCGGCGACUCCAUAGUCCAUACACGUUGUCUCUAGCACAAGGGAAUAGAGAUCGUCGCAGCGUUUCUUUCUUUUCUGAACAGGCGCAGUCCUAGAGAACUCGCAAAAGGAGUAAAAGGCUCCUACAUAACCUGUCACUACCAAUAUAUUGUAUGAGUCAGAAGGUAGAAAAACCAGUAUUAUCGGGUCAACGGAUCAAGACCAGAAAAAGAGAUGAGAAAGAGAAGUACGAUCCGAACGGUUUCCGCGACGCGCUCGUGCAAGGUCUGGAGCGCGCCGGCGGCGACCUGGACGCGGCCUACAAGUUCCUAGACGCGGCCGGCUCCAAGCUCGACUACCGGCGAUAUGGCGAGGUCAUAUUCGACGUGCUCAUUGCUGGGGGGCUGUUGCUCCCCGGCGGGUCGGUGUCGAUGGACGGCGAGUCCCCCAAGACGAACACCUGUAUUUUCACCGCGAACGAAGAUAUGGAGACCAUGCGAAACUUUGAGCAGGUAUUUGUGAAGCUCAUGAGACGUUACAAAUACUUGGAAAAGAUGUUUGAGGAAGAAAUGAAAAAGGUGCUUGUGUACCUAAAAGGUUUCGAACCUCUACAGCGCAUAAAGCUUGCUCGUAUGACUGCACUAUGGAUCGGCAACGGCUGCGUGCCCCCGUCGGUGCUGCUGGUGCUGGUGAACGAGCACUUGCUGAAGGACAACCUAGCGCUGGACUUCGUGCUCGAGGUGUUCGCGACAGUCAAGGCGGAGCGCGGAGUCACCUCGCUCGUCACGGCCCUCAAGCGAGGACAGCUUGAAGGCAGGCUAUUGGAGUUCCUGCCGCUGAACCGUCGCAGUGAGGACGUGCUGGCGUCUUCGUUCGCUUCCAGAGGGCUCGGCGAGCUGCUGCGCCUGCAUCGUGCACAGGCCUCUCAGGAGGCACGUCGCGAGCUGACGCAGGCGCUGCUGGACGAGCUGGCGGAGGAGAAGCCCAUCCGCGACCUCAUCCAGGAGCUGCGCGACAUGGCCGCCAAGCACGCCAUCCCCGACCAUGAGGUCGUCGCCAUUAUAUGGCAAUGUGUGAUGUCCCGUGGUGAGUGGAAUAAGAAAGAGGAACUGUUAGCAGAACAAGCGGCUAAACAUUUGCGCCAUUACACGCCGCUGUUGGCUGCCUUCGCGCAGUCGGCUAAGGCUGAGAUUGCGUUAUUAACUAAGGUGCAAGAAUAUUGUUACGAGAACAUGAACUUCAUGCGCGCGUUCAGCAAGCUUGUCGUGAUGCUGUACAAGACCAACGUGCUGUCGGAGGAGGUGAUCCUCAAGUGGUACCGCGAGCCCAACUCCAGCAAGGGCAAGAUGAUGUUCCUCGACCAGAUGAAGAAGUUCGUCGAGUGGCUACAGAGCGCCGAAGAAGAGUCCGAGAGUGGCGAAGAAGAAGAUUAGAUUAAGAGCAGCGAGUGAGACUGACAACACAACGCGCCGUCCCACCAUUGAAGCAUAAUCACACCCGCGCACCGACUGCCGACUGACCCCCAGCUGACAGCCGACCGACGCCCGCCAGGACCGACUGCCCGACCGACUGCCCGACCGACGCCCGACACUCCGCACGGGGCGGCGCUGACCCGGCCGUCGCACCUACUCCGACAUACUCUACCAUACCGUUAACAUAGGGCGACCACAAUACGGGACAAUGUUUUCUACAACUGUAUAUUAUUCAUUUCUAAAUAACAUGUUGAUGAAAUACCAUAUUUUUUAUUCAAUUUUUUUAGUAAAAUUCAAAUAAAUGGUGGAAACCA